GCCCUGGCGUGGGGAGGACAGGACGCCCCAGGCCUCCCGGGCAGGUGUCGCGGCGGGCCCGGGGUCGCAGGGCUGCGCUGGGCAGCGGCCUGGGCGGAAGCGGGGCUGGGCGGGGCCGACGGCGCAGGGGUUUAACGCUCGCCCCGCCCCGUCGCUCUGACUCAGUUUCACCAGCAACAGCGAGAGAAGUAGCAGAUCUCGGGGCACCGGCACCUGGGCGGAAGCCGCGGGCUGAGCCGCGCAGGAAGCGGGGCCGGAUCCUCCGGCGGCCCGGCCCCUCCCGCUCACCUGCGCAGGUAACCGGGCCGGCGAAGAGGCGGAGGCGCCGCGCUCCCAGCAUGUUUGGCUUUGCCCUCUGCGCCCCUGCGCGUGUCCGGGUCACAGGCACCCUCGGAACCCAGAGGCCUGCACUGUGAGAGUGACUCCCCUGGGGAGAAGGACGACGGCGUCCGGGAGGAGGAUGGCCCGCGCCGCCGCCGCCGCCGUGUGGCUCCUUUGCGCCCUCGGUGUCCGGGACGCCAAGGCCGGGUUGCCGCCCGCGCCUGCUGAGCUGCCCACGGGAGCCUCCUGCCUGGCCCGCUUCACCAGCGGGGUCCCCGCCUUCGUGUUGGACACCGAGGCCUCGGUCAGCAAUGGGGCCACCUUCCUGGGGUCCCCCGCGGCGCGGCGGGGCUGGGACUGCGUGCGCGCCUGCUGUGCCACCCAGGGCUGCAACCUGGCGCUGGUGGAGCUGCAGCCCGACGGCGGGGAGGACGCCAUCUCCGCCUGCUUCCUCAUGAACUGCCUGUACGAGCAAAACUUUGUGUGCAAGUUCGUGCGCAGGGACGGCUUCAUCAACUACCUCACGCGGGAGCUUUACAACUCCUACAGCCAGCUGCGGAACCAGGGCUUUGGAGGGUCCCAGAUCCCCAGGGCCUGGUUGGGCAUAGACUUGAAGGUACAACCCCAGGAGCCCCUGGUGCUGAAGGACUUGGGCAACACAGAUUGGCACCUACUUCAGGGUGACACCAGCGUCACCAUAGAGAAGAAAGAGCCGGACCAGUUGGAGCUCUGGGGACUGAAGGAAGGCACCUACUUGUUCCAGCUGACAGCUGCCAACUCAGACGAGCCACAAAGCUCCACAAACGUCACAAUCACUGUGUUGUCCGCCAAGCAGACAGAAGACUACUGCCUCGCCUCCAGCAAAGUGGGCCGCUGCCGGGGCUCCUUCCCCCGCUGGUACUACGACCCCAAAGAGCAAAUCUGCAAGAGGUUCACUUACGGUGGCUGCUUGGGUAACAAGAAUAACUACCUCCGGGAGGAGGAGUGCAUGCUGGCCUGCCGGGAUGUGCAAGGCCCCUCGAUGGAGAGGCAUCAUGCAGUGUGCUCAGGCAGCUGCCAGCCCACCCAGUUCCGUUGCAGCGAUGGCUGCUGCAUUGAUGGCUUCCUGGAGUGUGAUGACACCCCAGACUGCCCUGAUGGCUCCGAUGAGGCCAGCUGUGAAAAGUAUACCACUGGCUUUGAUGAGCUCCAGAACAUCCAUUUCCCCAGUGACAAAGGGCACUGCGUGGACCUGCCAGAUACAGGGGUCUGCCAGGAGAGCAUCCCGCGCUGGUACUACAACCCCUUUAGUGAACACUGCGACCGCUUUACCUACGGUGGUUGUUACGGCAACAAGAACAACUUUGAGGAAGAGCAGCAAUGUCUGGAAUCCUGUCGAGGCAUCUCCAAGAAGGAUGUGUUUGGGCUGCGGCGGGAAAACGCCAUUCCCAACGUAGGCUCAGUAGAAGUGACCAUUGCUGUACUCCUGGUCACCUGCAUUGUAGUGGUGAUAGCCCUCCUGGGUUACUGCUUCUUCAAGAACCAGAGAAAGGACUUCCAAAGGCACAGCCACCACCCUCCUCCCACGCCUGCCAGCUCCACUGUCUCCACUACCGAAGACACAGAACGGCUGGUCUAUAAUCACACAACCCGGCCCCUCUGAGCCAUGACACUUCCUGCUGUUGAAGACUGGGGACACUUCGGGACCACACUCCUCCUGCCUGUUUCCCAGCCUUCUGCGCCUCAGAAGAGAGGCUUUUGCUCUCUUGGAGAAGUCUCAGGGAGCUUGGGCCAGUUUUCCUGAGAAAGCUCAGGGGUCUGGGAGCAGCGAGAAACCCUUGAGCCAGUACUGUACAUAGAUGGAUCCGCCCAAAGCUGAGCUUUUGUUGUGUUCAAAGCUGCCUGCAGCCACCCCGUGGCUCUGGGAAGGAAGCUGGGGUGGUGUUGGAAACCAACCCUAUCUUCUGUAGCUGCCCUUCAACUCUGCACAGUCCAGGGCUGGGAGGAGGACUUCCCUGUGUAGUUUGUACUGUAAAGAACUGCUUUUAGAGUGCCGAGGACAGAACUCAGUGGUAGAGUAUGUGUGUGCUGACCGUGCCCAAGGCCCUUAGUUUGAUUCCGCAACACUGGAGAGGGGAUGCUUUGUCUGUACUUACUGCUGUGGAGGUGAGAGGAGUGGAAGAUGGAGGCCUUCAAGCUGGGCAUGGUGGCACACACCUGUAAUCCCAGAACUUGGGAGGCUGAGGCAGGAGGAUCACUGUGAGUUUGAGAUCAGCCUGGGUUACAGAGUGAGCUUAAGGCCAGCCUGAACUGCAUAGUGAGAUGAUAUCUCAAAAAGACCCCCCAAAAAAAGGAUGGCGGCCUUCCUCUUCCCUCAGCAUUGCACUGUCUCACUUAACCAGCCCCAGCUGAGCGUAGACAAGCAAUCAGAGUUAGAAGAGGCUCCUCUGCAUCUUCCACUUCCUGGCCUCAGGGCUCCCCAACAUCUUACCCCAGCCCUUCGUGGGCUUUACACAGGUCCUGUGGACUCCAUGUGAAAAAGGAGUUAUAUGAGGUUGGGGGUAAAACUUAGCAGCAAAGUGCUUGCCUAGCACACACAAGGCCCUGGGUGUUCAGUUCCCAGCUCUGCAAAAAUAAAUAAGAUGAAAUGGU